UUUUGUAUACAAGCACUUCUUAGCGCGGGAGAUUUUCAGUUUCUCCGUGAUUCUCAAAAAUGGGCCGCGAUUUAGAUGCAGAAAAACUUCGUCUAAUCACUUUAGCUCUGGAUUUUGGUUUCGAUGAAGAUUCUUCUAAAAAAUGCUUAGAUCGGCUCAUAGAUCUAUACGGCGAAGAUGGGAAAGAUUUUGUUACCGUGGAGCAUUGUGGUGAUGAUUAUCUUACAGAAUUGGCUGAGUUUAUGCAAGAUAGUGAAGAUUGGGAUGAUUUACAAGCGGUGGAAACUGAAGCAUGUGGGGUUUUAAGUGAGAUGCUUGAGACUGAAGUUGAUGCUCGUGAUUACGUACCAGAAGAAGAUAACGCCACAAGGGAUUAUAUCGACGUUAUUGAGGAUUCACCUGAGCCGAAGAAGAAAAAGCAAUUGUUAAGGGUAGAUUCUUCUAGUGAGGAUGAAGACUUGGAUUUUGAGAUUUCCACAAGGUUGGGUUGUAAAGCCAAUCCUUCGAUAUCUCUUGAUAAAAAGAGCUCGCAUAACAACACGGGAAGCUCGGCGAACCGUUCUUCAACAUCUACUACGUGCAGAAGCAGUAUUUUUAAAGAUUCAGGCUCUUCAAUAUCCAGCUUGAAAAAUUGUCCAAGAGUAUCAGAUCAAGACCAAGUAACUCUGGGAUAUGAAGAUUUACGAGCUCUUGAUGAUAUUGAAUUAGCUAAUGUGGUCAUAUUUGGUAAUAAAUCAUUUCGCCCUCUGCAACAUCAGGCUUGUAAGGCAUCCCUGGAGAAGAGAGAUUGCUUUAUUCUUAUGCCUACGGGUGGUGGCAAAAGUUUAUGUUACCAGCUCCCAGCAACUCUACAGACCGGGGUUACUAUUGUUGUGUCCCCUCUGCUUUCCCUUAUUCAAGAUCAGAUUGUUACAUUGAACCUCAAAUAUGGCAUCCCGGCAACAUUUUUAAAUUCCCAACAAACUUCUACACAGGCAGCAGCAGUCUUUCGAGAGUUGAGGUCAAAUAAACCGUCAUGCAAGCUUCUAUAUGUCACUCCUGAAAGGAUUGCUGGAAAUGCAUCUUUUCUUGAUAUAUUACGAUGCCUGCGUCAGAAGGGGCAACUAGCAGGAUUUGUCGUUGAUGAAGCACAUUGCGUAAGCCAAUGGGGAUAUGAUUUUCGUCCAGACUACAGAGCAUUAGGAUGCCUUAAACAGAAUUUCCCAGAUGUUCCGGUGAUGGCAUUAACUGCAACUGCCACCAAGUCAGUCCGAAAGGAUAUACUAAAUGCUCUUAGGAUCCCUUAUGCCCUUGUUCUUGAGACAAGCUUUGACAGACCAAAUUUGAAGUAUGAAGUGAUCGUAAAAACUAAGGAUCCAUUGAAGCAGGUCGGUCAAUUAUUAGAAGACCGUUUCCAUAAUAUGUCUGGAAUUGUUUAUUGUCUUUCGAAAAAUGAGUGUGAGGAUGUUUCCAAAUAUUUAAACGAAAAAUGUAAGAUAAAGACGGUGUAUUACCAUGCUGGUUUAACUGCUCGCCAAAGAAUGGAAGCUCAGAAGAAAUGGCACACAGGACAAGUCCGUGUUGUGUGUGCUACCAUUGCCUUCGGGAUGGGGAUAGACAAGCCUGAUGUUCGUUUUGUUGUGCACAACACCAUGUCCAAAUCGAUAGAAAGCUAUUAUCAGGAAUCAGGGAGGGCAGGAAGAGAUUGUCAGCCAGCUGUGUGCAUUGCCCUUUAUCAGAAGAAGGAUUUCAGCCGCGUUGUGUGUAUGUUACGAAAUGGACAACGAGGAAAAUCUGAAAGCUUCAAAGCUAGCAUGGAUCAAGCACAGAAAAUGAAGUUUUACUGUGAAUUGAAGACUGAAUGCAGGAGGCAAACACUUCUCGAACAUUUCGGCGAAUCCUUUGAUAGAAAUCGUUGUCAGAAUGGUCCGAAUCCUUGUGAUACUUGCAUUAAGGAAUGAGCAUCACUUUGUUUGUACCCUGAUAUAUACUGAAUCAAAUCAAAAGCCAUGAGCCUACCGACAGAGCACCUGGUGCUGAACAUCCAAGCCUAAUGCAAAU